UCAGUUUCCUCCUCAGAAAGGAAGAUCAGGGCAACUGUGAGGAUCACACCGAAGAGAUGGGAACGGAGAGUCGCGGCCCUAAUUAAGCCAUUUUAAAUUUAACAUUUCGUCAUAUUUACGUAACUCGGGUAAAUGCUGCUGUUGUUUACAUUAAUUGACAGGGAUAACUUCGGUUGGUAAAAGAUCCAGGGGCCCGGGCCUCAGUCCGCGCUCUUGAGUUGAACAGCCAUCCGACAUCAGAGCGAGUGAGUCGGUGUGAACAGCAGAGCCAGGCUGCACAUCAUGGGCGACAGCAGAGAUUCUCGUAGUCCAGACAGCUCAUCCGUUUCCUCACCACCAUCAGGUCAGCGUUCGCCCCCGUUGGCCCCUUCAGCCGCCGCCAUGACUUCUCUGCCACCCAUCACUUCGGCUGUGAACAGUCCCAUCAGCAGCAUGGGCUCACCCUUCUCAGUCAUCAGCUCUUCUCUGGGUUCUCCUUGCCUUCCUGGGACUCCCUCGGUCGGCUACGGCCCCAUCAGCAGCCCACAGAUGAACAUGUUUCCCAGAAACACAGAGAUCAACUCCACUGUGUCCAUGUCAGGCCUGCACGCUGUCAGCAGCUCUGAUGAUGUGAAACCGCCCUUCGGUUUGAAGCCGCUGUCCAGCCAUAGCCCAGGACCUAUGGUCUCACAGAAACGUUUGUGUGCCAUCUGUGGCGAUCGGUCCUCUGGCAAGCACUAUGGCGUGUACAGCUGCGAGGGCUGCAAGGGCUUUUUCAAGCGCACUGUGAGGAAGGACCUGAGCUACACAUGCAGAGACAAUAAGGACUGUCUGGUGGACAAACGCCAGAGGAACCGCUGCCAGUACUGCCGCUACCAGAAGUGCCUGGCCAUGGGGAUGAAGAGAGAGGUGGUCCAAGAUGAACGUCAACGAUCCGUUCAGGAGGAGCGUCAGAGGAACAAGGAGCGGGAAGGAGAGGUGGAGUCCACCAGCGCCGCGAAUGAAGAGAUGCCAGUGGAGAAGAUUCUGGAAGCAGAAAUGGCCGUGGAGCAGAAGACUGAGCUGCAUGCGGAUGGCAGCUCGGGUGGAAGCUCUCCGAACGACCCAGUCACAAAUAUCUGCCAGGCAGCUGAUAAACAGCUGUUCACUUUGGUGGAGUGGGCAAAAAGGAUCCCUCACUUCAGUGAGCUGUCUCUGGAUGACCAGGUCAUCCUACUGCGUGCUGGCUGGAAUGAGCUAUUGAUCGCAUCGUUCUCUCAUCGCUCCAUCACGGUGAAGGAUGGCAUCCUGUUGGCCACUGGCCUCCACGUGCACAGGAACAGUGCUCACAGUGCUGGGGUGGGAGCCAUCUUUGACAGGGAGAGUGCGCACAAUGCAGAGGUUGGGGCCAUAUUUGACAGGGUGCUGACGGAGCUGGUGAGCAAAAUGAGAGACAUGCAGAUGGAUAAAACAGAGUUGGGCUGCCUGAGAGCCAUCAUCCUCUUCAACCCAGAUGCAAAGGGAUUGUCAAGCCCAAGUGAAGUGGAGUUACUGCGAGAGAAGGUCUAUGCAUCGCUGGAGGCUUAUUGUAAACAGAGAUAUCCUGACCAGCAGGGCAGGUUUGCCAAGCUCCUUCUCCGGCUGCCAGCGCUUCGCUCCAUUGGCUUAAAAUGCCUGGAGCACCUGUUCUUCUUCAAGCUGAUUGGAGACACCCCAAUCGACACCUUCUUAAUGGAAAUGCUUGAAGCGCCUCAUCAGCUCACCUAACCUGGACCAGUCUCGAUCCAGUUCAAUCCGGUUUGCACCAGGGUAUCGCAGUCCCCCCUGGACUCUGGGGCUUUACUGUGUCUCACUUCCCAUUAACACCUUCCCCCACAAUUCUCUCCUACACGUUCUCCAUGCCGCACCUUCAAACCAGUACAGCCCUGAAAAAAGACUCUAAGCUGUCUGAAAAAAAAAACAAACUUGUUUUACAUGUAACGUUUUACACAGUAUGAGCUGUCCAGAGAGAUCUUAUUUUUCAAAUUCCUUGGAGGUUCUAAAUCAUAAGCUUCAAUUUAAAGACUUCGGCUUCCAGUUUUAGAACUCUCAUAUUGAUUCUAGAGAUCUCCGUGUGUCGUUUUGGUUUGUAUGUUACUCUGAAUGCACGAAUUGUACUUCUUUUUCGUUUGUCAUUGCAGUUAGACAGCCCGUCGGCUGAAUUUACAGUGCAUGUGUGACCGGGGCGAGAAUCCGGCGAGCCCGUUGGCUGGUACGAAUCAAGUCGCGGCAGACCUGCCUCUUCGUUUUUGACUGUGGAAUACUGCUAACUGCUAUCUUUGGGAUUUUUACUUUGAAAUCCUACUUUGUACUGUACUCAUGAAAUGAGUCUGAUUUAUAAACGGCAUUGGAAAUUCUCGGCCUGCUGCAUCUGGCCCUUAUGAAAUGCAGGCCAGAGUUUUACAUUUGUGAAUAAAUGUAUGCAGGUUUUGUUGGACAUGAAUUUUUGAUCAUGUUCAAAAGAGGGCCUAAAGGCACAGAUUAAUUCUCGCAGGAAAAUCCUGCUUUUUUUGGCGGCAAUAGGAGGGUCGACCUUGUUUUUCUUGGUUUGUGUUGUUUUUAAAUGAGCAAAUAGAUUGGUAUAGGUUUUGGUACCUUCUAGAGGACCUUAAACCUUUGCCAUUUCAUAAUUUCCCCAUGUUCUUUUGAUCCAUUUCUUCAUCAAUUCCUCAAAUGGGAACCAAAUCCACGCCAUGCCCCCCAAAAAGACAAAUAUUUAUAAAGUGUGUGUGUGCUGUGUAGUAUGUCCAACCACUCUUGUCCUUUCCACGUGAUCGGUGUAGACGGCCUUUUUCUUUUAUGUUUAUGAAAUCAGCUUGUCAUCAGGCUCCUUUGGAAUGGUAUUAACUUUGGCAUAGGUGAUUCUUGUUUGUAUAAAGGCUGGAAUACUCUACACGACUUUUGCACAGAUUUUUGCCCUGGUUUACAGUAUGGAAGAGUCUAUCUUAGUUGGUGAAAGUGAGAGCAAGUUUGCCGUUUUUGGACAGUCAGAGUUGACCGAUUUCACAGAAAACCGUGCAGUGUAUGAUGGGCACAGACUAGAUUCCAUCUAGUCAGAGAAUAUCAAAACGUUUGAUAUUUUAGAACAUCUUGUAUUUCACAUGCAUCUACUAGCAACAAGACUCAUGUUUCUGCAUGAGUUGAUGCCUUGUAUUUCUCUGUAACCAUUUACAAAUUCGGCAAGUUAAUGAUGUCUAAAUCUGUUCAGAUUUUAAAGGUAGUGUAGUCUGUAUUCCAGCUUUAAUGUGUUGUAGUCGAAUCACCUUCUACAUUCCAUCUGUACAGGUUGCCUCCCUCAAAGUGACUCUCUGAAUUAUUCAACAGGGAUUGAGGGACUAGGGUCAUAUAAGAAUUUUGCGUUCAAUCUGAAAGGUCGAAGUGUCAAAACCAGCAUCCACUACAAUCUCUAUGCAUUUAUGUGAGAGCGUUCGUAUAGUCUUGCAAGACUGAAAUUGAAAGACCGUCAGGGAAAGAAUUCAGGCCAUUAAACAAGAUCCAGAAAAUGCACCAGUAUUGUUGGUAGUGAUACCUGUUAGUUUUUGUGGCUCAAACCAAGUAAUUUUAGGCAGAGACUUGAGAUCAAAUACUGACAGUGUUUGAAAAAUAUCUAGAGAUUGCAAGUGGUCCCAUCAGUUUUGGUGCUAAUAAUGACAACGGUUAGACAUAAAUGUUGAGACCAAAAUAGAAACACAGCAGUGGUCAAAAUAUGCAAUUCUCCAAUAAGCUUGAAUUUGAUAUGCCAAUUUCUUGUUUAAUACACCAUCUUCUGCGUAACGAUUUCAAUUGUAGUAUCUAGCUACAUGCAGAUUCCUAUUAGUAUCUGAACUCAUGUUUUAUAUAUUCAUAAGGUGCUUAAUUUUCCAGUUGAGAGUAUAGUCAUGCCACAAAGACCGGAUAAAACAUCAGAUAAGAUUGUUUUUAGAUGGAUUGUACUGUAAUCCAUAAUAUGUUAGCCAUUGACAUGUGACUGAAUCCAGACUUCCAUUUAUAGCUUUGGUUCUUUGUGACUAGCGUUGCCUCCUAGCUUAACUUUCCUCUGUGUUUGUUUUGUUAGGGCCAGUGGUAGGAAGAAUCCUGUUUUGAAGCCUUUUUAAUGUGAUCAACGAGUGACCUCUGGUCGAAUAAAUUUGGCUUUCCGGUAGUUUAGGUUCCUCAAAGAAGAGGUUCGGUAUUUUCUUGCGUGUUUGGUUUAUCCAGGUUCCAUUUAUUCAGGAAUUAAAGCUACUUCAGUUGGUGUUGAUGGUCUGCUCUAUAUCUGAACAGUGGGAAGGCUCAUUUGAUUGUGCACUGUGUGCUUGUGUUUUCAUGUGGGUGACUCGAGCUUUGCCAGAGUUGUCAGUCAGCCUAUAGGGCGUAGGUGUGUGUGUGUGUGUGCGUUUGCAGCAUUGCAGUAAAAAUCCUAUGUGAAAGAUGCAUACAAGAAUCGUCAUGUGGUGAAAAUCUUCACCGUAUUUCCUUGAAAUGGAGUGCAAUGGCCCAGUCUUCUAUUACUUGAUUGCAGUUUGCCAUAAUCGACUUUCGCUUAACUACAUAUUAAUCCAGACAUGCGCUGUGAGCUUGUGUGUGGCCGACCCUCCCUGUCUUUUGGGGUCCAUUUUUUUUUUUUUUUUUUUUUUUUUUCCAAAAAUUGUUACUUUUUUCAUAAUCUCAAGCUCUCAAAAUUAGUUUAGGGUUGCAAGGCAUUCAUAAAAAUGAAUAAUAUAAGGCUUGCACAGGAUUUUGUACAAUGUACAAUGUCUCGUUAAAAUGGACCGUAACCCCUGAAUUAUCCGUUAUGCACCUGAACUGAUUCAGCACUGCCAAACAGGUGUGUUUUUUUCGGCUGUUCCUAUUUAACCCCUACUGGUUGACUGUGUACUGUGAUGAUCACUAAACGGAGCCCCUAUAGCAACUAUUUAUACUGAGCUGAGUCAGAGAUACAGAGGUUCUGGUAGUGUGUUUUUUCUAAGGCCUUGUUGCUGCAAUUUUUUUUUUUGUCACACGUGAGAAAGCCCUCCUGUUUGUGUAUUUGAAGCCGAGUGGCGCUCUGAAAUAUGCACAGUGCAAACUUGAAUUAACCUUUGCCUGAGAAUGAAGUGGUUGUGCACGUUACAGUCUGAGAGCUGAUUCACUUUUAUCUUCGUUUUUGGCUUAUCAGUGAAUGUUUGCUUCUGUAAAGAGAUAUAUGCAUAAGAUAUGAGUGAAGUCGAAGCAUUUGCGAGGGUGAAGUGGGUUCAUACAGGUGAAUUGCACAAAACCUGUCAAGAAUGUGACCGGGUCAUACUUCAUUGCAAAAUCAAAAGAUAGAAAAAUAAGCCUAUUUUAGUACCACUUUAAUGCACAUGAUAUAUCAUUUAAUUUGUGAAGUAGGAUUGUCAAAAGUACUGAAAAAUGUGACAAUACCAGCAUUUCCCCCUUAGCAUUGUGAGCGCUGUUGAGUAGAUUCUUAAACUCCUCUGAUUGGCCAUUGUGUUCACACGCUCAACAGAUAUGUCUUUGAUUGGCUACAAUGCUUACGUAUUUCCCAUAUUUUUACACAUACAUAUUUUUGAAGCGUUGAUUAUUGACAUAUCUGUUGAGCACGUGAACACAAUGGCCAAUCAGAGGUGUUCAAGAAUCCGCUCAAAAUGCUAGGGGGAAAUGCUGGUAUCACCACAUUUUUAAAAUUUCAGUACCCAAGACGGUACUUUUGACAACCAUAUUGUGAAGUAUUAAAAUUAUUGACCUACAGUACUUAAUCACUAUUUACAAUAAUUGGAUGCAUUACAUUAAUGGAAAUGUGUGGGGAAUUUUUCUUACUGAUUUUGAUGUGAAAUGUGACCUGGACAUGUUUUUUGUGAGAUUCACCCAUAUAGGAUCAUGAUGGAUGGAUGGAUGUACAGUUGAAGGAGGGCUAUAUGAUGAUGAUUUUGUACUUUAAAGUGGGUGGGCCAAUGAUAUGGUGAUUGUUUAAUGGGAGUCUUUAAGAGAUUUCAGAAUUGAUAUGAUAUGAAAGAGCUUUCUUAAUUUACUUCCACCAAAAGAAAAAUACAACAAAAAUAUUGCUUCUCACUAUGUUUUCUGACUGCUCUUUUCUUAUGCUUUACAUCUUUGUGUAUCCUGACGUAUUAGUGCAAAACUGUUUGUUAUUUGGGGUCUUUUUUCCCCCCUCCACACCCUUCCCUCUUCAUUUUUCUUGUCUAGUUUUUAAUCUGUCUCCAGCAGUUGUGGAAAUGAUUGACUGUACUGAGUGGAGAAAGAAAUGUCUUUCUUUUUGCUUUAUUGUCAUUAAUUCAGAAUCUGUUUUUGUUGGAUGUACCAUGUGUAAGUAAAGGUUUUAAUACAGCA